UGUUUGUUCUUGAUGCAGAGAGAUCUCCAGUCGUAAGAUUACUCAUGGACUGGCCAGCUGUACUGCUCCUGGUAUACCUUCAAUCUUUCACCACACUCUGUCACCCUCAGGAACCUGCCUCCUUACGUUUUGUUGGAAUUGGAGACUGGGGUGGGCUACCCACCCCCCCAUUUUACACACCCCAUGAGAUACACACCGCCAAGGGGCUGAGCACAGUGACAGAACUCAUGGGCCUGGACUUCAUCCUCAGCCUGGGAGACCAUUUCUACUACAGUGGAGUGAAGAACGUAGAGGACCUCCGCUUCAAGAAUACUUUUGAGAAUGUGUUCUCCCAUCCUGCCCUGAUGAGAGUCCCAUGGUACCUUGUGGCAGGAAAUCACGAUCAUCGGGGAAAUGUAUCAGCACAGAUAGCCUAUUCCACUCGAUCAGAGCGAUGGCACUUUCCAGAGCUAUACUAUGACCUGCUGUUUAAGAUUCCCAACACGAACACGUCACUGACUGUACUCAUGAUUGACACCGUACUGCUAUGUGGAAAUACAUAUGAUGGACUUUAUCCACAAGGACCAGAGGACUUGACUGCUGCAGAGAAACAGUUUGAGUGGAUCGAGAAAACACUCCAAACGACAAAGUCAGAUUUUGUUGUGGUUGCCGGUCAUUACCCAGUCUGGUCGAUCGGUCACCAUGGUCCAACCAAGCAUCUCGUGAACAGGCUGAGACCACUGCUGAAGAAGUAUAAUGUGACCGUGUACCUGUGUGGUCAUGACCAUGAUCUACAGUUCAUCAAAGAGGAUGAUGGGAGUGCGUAUGUAAUCAGCGGGAGUGGAAACUUUGACGACGCUAGCACUCAGCACAGUGGCAGCUUUCCAUCGUCUUGGCAACUGUUCUCCAGCGCAGUGAGCGGUACAUCUGGAGGAUUUACGUAUUUUGAAGUGACAGAAAGUAAAAUGCUAAUCAGCUUUGUAGAAUCAAGUGGAAAGUGUGUUUAUCAGACAGCUCUGCCAAAGCGAAACAUCUGACAGACUGGAUGGGAUCAAACUUGCACAAGAUCAAACAUGUUUAGUAAUCACAGGCUACAAGUGCAUGCGUUCUUUUUAAAAUAGUCAAAUCAUUUUUCCUCUUUUUGUCCUCCAUGUCAUACAUUUCUGUUGAGUUGAUUA